UAUUUUUAACACCUAUAUUGUUGCGCUAUAUGUUAAUGUUGUUGAUUGCCAAUUAGACAGAUGAGCUGUUAGUAUAGCUGAAAUUGACUUAUUUUUGUCAUUUAGUGCCAAGAUGGCAGCGAGGUGGCUUCAAUACAGCACCCCCUGUCUGUCUUCCAGGGUUAUACACAAUAUUGGAAGAUCAUGUACCAUUAUGCUUGUUUACAAUAAGCUACACUGAGGUCAGAAGGCAAUCACGUUUACAUGAAGACACCAUGGAGCUGGCACGAGAUAUGGGUGGGAAAACGUACCUCAAUGCAGAGAUGGGAUAGGCCAUUGUACCUUUAUCCACACUACAAUCAAGAAGAUUGACAUACUGCUAGUUUCCCAGAAAUCAACCCUUUUUGCCCUCAUGCUAGUUAGCAGUAGCCACCGGGGCCAUUUUGGAAUGGCCGUGUCAGCCAACCAACUCCCUUGUUCAAUGCAACGUGCCAUUCCAUAAUGGCUGCUGCUAACUAGUAUGAGGAUGAAAAGGACAGUUGUCUGGGAAAACUAGCAGUACUUAUAUCUUCUCGAUCGAGCAGUGUGGAUAAAGGUACAAUUGAGUUCAGUGGCAUAUCCCAUCCCUGCAUUGAGGUAUGUUUCCCAACCCAUAUCUAGCACCGACUCCACACUGUCUUAAUGAAGAUCUGAUGAAGGAUAUUCGUUAAAAAAUCUAAUAGGGUGAACUUCUAAAAAUACUGAAUAAGUUCUACAAGAGGAAUGAGAUGCAAAAAAUUGCUGCGGAUCAAGGUCUCGAUGCUCGUCUCUUUCACCAAGCCUUCAUCAGUUUUCGGAAGUAUGUGCUGGAGAUCUCUACGCUCAGUGCAGACCUUCAUAUCAUCCUCAAUGAUAUAUGCUGUGGAGCAGGCCACAUAGAUGACCUUUAUCCUUACUUCAUGAGACAUGCAAAGCAGAUUUUCCCCAUGCUGGACUGCAUGGAGGAUCUACGAAAAAUCAGUGAUCUGCGUGUACCAGCUAAUUGGUACCCUGAGGCUAGAGCUAUCCAGAGGAAGGUGAUAUUCCAUGCUGGUCCGACCAACAGUGGAAAGACCCAUCAUGCAAUUCAGAGAUACCUGGCUGCCAAGUCUGGUGUCUACUGUGGACCGCUGAAGCUGUUGGCCCACGAGAUCUUUGAAAAGAGCAACACUGCUGGCGUGCCAUGUGAUUUGGUGACAGGAGAAGAGAGAACAUUUGUGGAUGCGGAGGAGAGACAAGCUGAGCAUGUGGCCUGUACUAUUGAGAUGUGCAGUGUCACAACUCCAUAUGAAGUAGCGGUUAUUGAUGAGAUCCAGAUGAUUAGGGACAUAUCGAGGGGAUGGGCCUGGACCAGGGCUCUUCUCGGUUUGUGUGCUGAGGAGAUCCAUGUGUGUGGAGAGCCUGCUGCGAUUAACUUUGUCACAGAGCUCAUGUACACAACAGGUGAAGAGGUGGAGGUUCGUAACUACAAGAGGCUCACUCCGUGCUCCAUUCUGGACCGUGCUGUGGAGUCUCUGGAUAACCUGAGACCAGGCGACUGCAUCGUCUGCUUCAGCAAAAACGAUAUUUACUCCAUCAGUAGGCAGAUCGAGAUCCGAGGCCUGGAGUGUGCAGUCAUCUACGGAAGCCUUCCACCCGGGACCAAGCUAUCUCAAGCAAAGAAGUUCAAUGACCCAGAGGACCCAUGUAAGAUCCUGGUUGCAACGGAUGCCAUCGGGAUGGGACUAAACCUGAGUAUCAAGAGAAUCAUCUUCAACUCCUUGGUGAAACCCAACAUCAAUGAGAAGGGUGAGAAGGAGCUGGACACCAUCUCCACGUCUCAGGCUCUCCAGAUCGCCGGGCGGGCCGGACGCUUCAGCUCCAUCUUUAAAGAGGGCGAGGUCACCACCAUGCACCGCGACGACCUGCCUAUCCUCAAGGAGAUACUCAGCAGGACCGUCCACGCCAUCGAGAUAGCUGGGCUGCACCCUACAGCAGAGCAGAUUGAAAUGUUUGCCUACCACUUACCUGAUGCCACCUUGUCCAAUCUGAUAGAUAUUUUUGUGAGCCUCUCGCAAGUUGAUGGUAUGUACUUUGUGUGCAACGUCGAUGACUUCAAGUUCCUGGCUGACAUGAUCCAGCACAUUCCCCUCAACCUGCGCUCUCGAUAUGUGUUCUGCACUGCGCCCAUCAACAAGAAGCAGCCCUUUGUGUGCACCUCCUUCCUGAAGUUUGCCAGACAGUUCAGCAGAGAGGAGCCUCUGACCUUUGACUGGGUGUGUCGGCUCGUUAGCUGGCCCCUGGUUCCACCGAAGAACAUCAAGGACCUGGUGCACCUGGAGGCUGUCCAUGAUGUGCUAGACCUCUACCUCUGGCUCAGCUACCGCUUCAUGGACAUGUUCCCGGAUGCCAAUCAUGUCCGAGAGAUCCAGCAGGAGCUGGACAGCAUCAUCCAGUUGGGCGUGCGCAACAUCACACGACUUAUCCGAGCAACGGAGACCAGCGCCACCCCUGGGACAGACCCCCUCUCCAACCAGAGGAGGCCGGGGCCCAGCCCAGUAUCCCCAAGGAAGGUUCGAGGAGCUCCCAAGGCCCAGGACAGUGGAGUAGCGGCUGGGCAGCUGGACAAGUCCCUAGGCUCCCGCCUAGUGCAGGAGGGCUUACUGACUCCCGACCUCCUAAGGCAAUUGCAGAAGGAGUGGUCCAAGGAGCACCGUCAAGAGGAAGGAGGAGUCAAACUGGUUGCGGAAACUUUGAAUAAUAAAAUUAAAGGGAGGAAGAAAAAGUGACCGCUCUAGUCUCUGACUUAGUUGUUGUGAAAAACAGGACCUGUUUCCUGUUAUUUUGACGGGACUUCAUACCAGUCUGUAUUAUGCAGCUGUUGACCAAUUGGACUGUGUGUGUCCCAGCUCCUGUCUAUAACUGCUCAAAAACAGUAAUUUUGUGGCCCAUAGGAUAAAUAAAUAUCUUAUUACAAAGUCAUUUUGUAGUCUUAUUUUAUUUUUAUCACUUAAAGUAAAAUGGUUGACUGCAUCACGUAGAUAGUCCGUCUCAUGCAGCAAGCAAUGACUCAUUUUUACACUGAGGUAACAUUCCUUGAGCAAUUUGUGCCCAUCCUAUGCUUGGGCUAGACUACUGUAACAUAAACUUAAAUGUUUUAUGAGACAUCGUCUCUUGCACUUUACACCACUAAUUAUAUUCUCCUAUGUAUGAUUUGCGAAACUGACAGUAUAAGUGAUAAUGUGAUUGAUAAAAUAAAAGUAAAAUUUUUCUUUUGA